CUGGGAACGCGGAGCGCGCCAGAUAUGGUGCUCGUGCUCGUGCUCGGCGACCUGCACAUCCCGCACCGCGCGCCCAAGCUGCCCGACAAGUUCAAGGCGCUGCUCGUGCCCGGCAAGAUUUCGUGCAUCCUGUGCACGGGCAACAUCGCAGACAAGCCGACGCUCGACUACCUGCGCACGCUCGCCUCGGAGGUGCACUGCGUGCGUGGCGACUUUGAUGACGCCGUCUCGCUGCCCGGGGUCGCCGACUCGCUGCCAGAGACCAAGCUGGUCACUGUCGGGGACUUCAAGGUUGGAGUCGUCCACGGUCACCAGCUCGUGCCCUGGGGCGACGCGGAGUCGCUCGGGGCCAUGCAGCGCCAGCUCGACGCCGAUGUCCUCAUCUCGGGCCACACCCAUCGCUUUGCCACCUACGAGUACGAGGGCAAGCUCUUUAUCAACCCCGGGUCUGCGACCGGGGCCUUCACCCCCACGCUCGGUCUGGGCGAAACUGCGACUCCCUCAUUUGUGCUGAUGGACUUGCAGGGCGCGCAGGCCGUCAUCUACGUCUACGAGCUGGUCGGCGGCGAAGUCAAGGUGAAAAAGAUCGAGCACACCAGGGGCGCGCCGGCGGCAGUGGUGGCGGCGCCUCCGCCCGCGCCUCCGCCCGCAGCGCCGCCGCCCGCAGACCCGCCGCCCGCGGACCCGCCACCCGCGGACCCGCCACCCGCGGACCCGCCGCCAGCGGACCCGCCGCCAGCGGACCCGCCGCCAGCGGACCCGCCGCCAGCGCCAGUGUCAACGACCGAGCCGCCGCCGACCGAGCCGUCGCCGACCGAGCCGCCCGCACCGGCAGAGGAGCCUGCACCGCCCGCAGCAGCGCCGCUCGCAGCAAUACCGCCGCCCGAGGCUUCGUCGGCGGAGCUUGCGCCGCCAUCGACCCAGGCGGAUGAUGACGCGCCGCCAGCGGAGGGUGCGCCUGCUGUGCCCGAGUCGUCGUGAAGGGCACAGUAGAGAGUCGCUAUGUCUGUGCGGCGUGUCGGCUUGUGUCUUGUUUUCGCGUUGUGACUCGCAGAGGCAGCUCACACAAGACAUAAAAGAACGGAGAGACUGCUC